UUUGAAGUGAACAAAUUAGUAACGAUCAAGAAGCACUUUGGUAUAGCCGGAAUGUGUUUCAAACGUGGGAGAUUUGAUAGACCUUUAAUUGCGAUUGUAUUACUUAUUUGAUAGGCAUUUGUUGUAGGGCAAUAAGCAUCAGUUUACGUAAGUUAAAAACAUUCGAAAUAAGGAAUUGGAAAAAUCAUGACUGAUAUAAUUGUCAUUUCGAACUCAGUGCCAUCUUACGCGUUUGUAGUAUGUAACUAAGUAAUGAAAUUACACCACGAACAGUUAUACAUGAAAUACUAAUGCAUAUUGCGAAGUGAAUUUAUUGAAGUAUACUUCACUGUAGCUGUUGUGAUAAUGGUUAAGCAAGUAGCCCACGACGUUGAAGCUAAAGAGCGAACGAAAGACAUAUACAUUAGUGAAGAUGUCAGUUUUAAUGGACUAUUGCUAUCACAGAAAGUUCUUGAUGGGUUAAGAAAAUGUGGUUUCAAGAGACCUUCGCCCAUUCAGCUGAAAGCUGUGCCCUUGGGUCGCUGCGGGUUCGAUUUGUUGGUGCAAGCAAAAAGUGGCACAGGAAAGACAUGCGUCUUUACAAUAAUUGCCCUAGAAAUGGUUGACGUAGAAAGUAUGUCACUGCAAGCUUUAGUUUUGGCACCAACACGAGAAGUUGCUGUACAAAUAAUGCAGGUGAUAUCCAGCGUUGGUUGUUCCGUGAAAGGUCUGAGAGUAGACACAUUUAUCGGAGGCUUGCCUUUUGAGGAAGAUGUAAGAAAGCUCAAAAGAACUCACAUUGCUAUUGGAGCUCCAGGCAGAGUGAAACACCUGAUAGAGAAAGGAUACAUGAAAACAAAUUGUAUACGUCUAUUUGUUCUUGAUGAAGCUGAUAAGUUGUUGGAACCAUCUUUCCAGAAAGAUAUAAAUUAUAUAUUUUCUAGGCUGCCAACAAGGAAACAGUUGUUGGCUUUGACUGCUACAUUUCCUCAAGAAUUGCAGAACUUCUUGUCUCGUUAUAUGCAUAAUCCAUUGCAUGUGAGUCCUGAUGAAACAGCAUUGACUUUAUUGGGACUUCGGCCAUUUGUCACACUGGUUCGAGCACACCCUAAUCCUGCAGCACAAGUUCAGAUAAAGCUUGAAUGUCUUGUACAUGUUCUUUCACAUGUUUCCUUUCAGCAGUGCCUUAUAUUCUCAAAUUAUCAGAGCAGGGCUGAAAGUAUUUGCAAUAUGCUGAAUGGUCAUGGUUGGCCAGCCACAUGGAUAAGUAGCAGCAAAUCACAGGAGGCUCGCCUCGAGGCAAUAGCUACAUUGCGCGAGUUCCGGAACCGUAUUUUGAUCUCUACAGACCUGACAGCACGUGGCAUAGACCUAGAAAAUGUUAAUCUGGUGAUAAAUUUAGAUUUACCAUAUGAUAGUCUCACAUAUUUACAUAGAAUUGGUAGGGCAGGUAGAUAUGGGUCUCAUGGAAUUGUGAUUUCUAUAAUAGCUGAUGGUAAAGAGCUUGAGGACUUCCAGAAGAUGUUAGGCUCAUAUGGCGGGGAAAGUGCAUAUGUUUAUAAGCUUACUUUGGAUCAUUUAGUAUUAGACUUGUGGGCUUACAAGAUGGAUGAAUUUGAAAAAAUUCAAGGAAUUGUUGUUAAUGAUGAAAAUGACAAGGAAACAAGAGCUACAGUACCCAACUCCCUCACCGGAAAUGCCAGAACUGUUGUCAAAAAUCAGUGUAAUGCAGAUGCAGGAGGAUGCAACAAAGAGGAGUCAGUAAUGCUGGCUAAAUGCGAGAAUCUGGAUGAACGGAUUUCUGAUGCCCAUGUUUGCAUGGAUGCGAAUAAUCUAAACAUUUCUGAAGAAGAGAGUACAAAUAAUAAAAUUGACAGAAUUGCUAAAAACCUGCUUCAUGAUCUAAGCAGUAGUGAUUGGUUAACAACACUUGAGCCAUACAGUGAACUUGUACAGAUGGGAAACAGUGAAGUUGUUGAAAUAUCACUAAAAACAAAUUGUUCUCUGAAUCUGGUAGAAAUGACUAAAGAUCUUGAAGCAUUAUUGUCAGUGAUUGAACAAAAGGCACAAGUAACAUUCAGUGAAGCCUUCGAAAAUUGUAGAAAUCUUAAAACUGAAGAGCUACUUAAUGAUUUGUGUAAAAGUGGUACAUUUGUCCUUCAGGAAGAUAUCUGUAGAAAAAAAGCAAUUUCAGUGGGAAAAAAUCAGAAUUACUCUAGUCAAAACAAUAAAAAGACAGUGAAUAAGGAAAUGUCUUAUCCAUGUCACAUACCUAAAACUCCAUGCAAUGAUACAUUAAUUCUUAGAGAGGAAGUCAGAGAAGAUGAAAUGGCUACAAAAUUGAUGAUCCUGAAUGGACAAAAUGUAAUGAGUAAUGAAGCAAAUAAUUUUCCAUUUCCAUGUCGUGCUUCUGGCAGAAAAGUUAAAGUUAGUGGUGUGAACCCAAAAUUAAGUAAAUUGCAUCGGGAGGCUCACGCUAAAGGAUAUCCUAUUGGAGAUGUGUACUGUAGUCCUGAAGUUCCUGAAGUGAAGUGGGAUAAAUGUUCUAAAUAUAUUACAAGAAACAAACAGAGUAUCACCCAAAACCAAGGUGUGAACUCUCACAACACUUAUUCAGGGAUAAGAAAACCUGAUAGCACUAAUUGGCAUUAUUAUCUUGAAAACAAUACUGUUGCCAACAAGAGAUUGGGCAACACUAGUAAAGGUAUUCCUUUUGAUAAUGCAGACUGGCACAAGAAAUGGAGAGAACAGAUAUAUAGGCAGUAUUUGCAGUAUGUAGAAUACUUCCAGUACAUGAUGCAGCAGCAGUACAUUUUCCCUUAAAGCACUUUAUGCUGUGAGGCUUAGGAAGUAAAAUGUUGGUAAUUUUGAGAUAUUUUGUAAAUUGCAUAUAUGUAUGAAGUGUACAAAAUGGAUUUUUGAUGUUAAUUUAUUUAAACUCCUGAUAUUGAAAUACAGAGAUUUGGUAGUAAA